UUGUUUAUGCUUUCAUCAUUGCUGGAGGUGCCGCUAACAAACCCAUGAUUAUAUGUUAAGUAACUCAUCACCUCAUGAUUAAAUCAAUCAGAAAGCUGGCCGACCACAUAAACUACAGAGACCAGCAUGCACGGCAGAAAGUGACGUCACUCCUCUCGGCACCGGUCUGCUGUCAGUCUGCCACAGACAGCUGAGGAUUUCCAGACUGGGGAUCCCGGCUCGGCAAGGCCUUUAUAUAUUAUUGUCGUAAACCUUGCAGUCCACAGUUAGUGCUUAAAUGGCGAAAACGUACGAUUAUCUGUUCAAGCUGUUGCUCAUCGGAGACAGCGGAGUCGGUAAGACAUGUCUGCUGUUCAGAUUCAGCGAGGACUCCUUCAACACCACCUUCAUAUCCACAAUAGGAAUAGACUUCAAAAUCAGAACAAUAGAGCUGGCUGGAAAGCGAGUCAAACUUCAGAUUUGGGACACUGCAGGCCAGGAGAGGUUUCGCACCAUCACUACGGCUUACUACAGAGGAGCAAUGGGCAUCAUGUUGGUGUAUGACAUCUGCAAUGAGAAGUCCUUUGAGAACAUAAAAAACUGGAUUAGGAAUAUUGAAGAGCAUGCCUCGUCUGAUGUGGAGAAGAUGAUCCUGGGUAACAAAUGUGACAUGACUGACAGGAGACAGGUGUCCAAAGACAGAGGUGAAAAACUGGCUAUUGAUUAUGGAGUUAAGUUCUUGGAAACCAGCGCAAAGUCUAGCUUAAAUGUAGAAGAGGCUUUUUAUACAAUGGGAAGAGACAUAUUACAUAAUCUGAGUUCAAAGACAACUGACAACAGUGCCGGAGGAUCAGGAAAACCAGUCAAGAUCUCAGAGAAAAAGUCGAAGAGAAUAAAAUUUUUCAAGUGUUCGCUCCUCUAGGCUGCUCAUCCCUGGCGUUUACCAGAUGAGAGAUUACCACGUCUGGUGUUGUUUUGGAGGGUUCCUGCCUCCUGGACGUCCUCGCAGCAGCAGCAGCGGUCAUAUUCAAAGGACCUUACUGCCACCUGAAUAUCCCAGGUUCAUGAAAUCAGGCCAUCCUGAUAUGCUGACCAGAAGAGGAUCAAUGAGGAAUGAUACUGUAUAUCUGCUCAAGCAAAAGACUUGUGCAUGAUCACCAGCAUUGGUUUGUAGCUAGCCCUGCAGUGUCUGCUCACAGGAGGCAGUGAUUCUGUUAUAUUAUACCUCUGUUGGAUCUCAUGAGAAUAUCAAAGUUACACAUAGUUGUCUUAUGAAUAUGAAAAAAAAAGAAAGAAUUCAAAUUCUUUCAGAAAUUGUAGCAUUGUUUUAUACACACUACCUAUUGUCAUAUUUACUAUUAUGAUGUUGUCAAAUAGACAUAUCAACUCUUAACAUUGAUUGUAUUUGUCUGUGUAAAGCCAUGUAUAUUAUUAAGCCUAUAGUCUCCUGUUGCACUGGCAUCAUCUCUCUUUGUUCAUGUGUGCAUAGAAGGAGUCACACAAUUGUCAUAAAAAGACAAAGAUAUGUAUAAAUAUAACCAGUUUUUAUUAUUUUUAAUGGAACCUUUAUUUAUACAGGUUUCUGUGUCAAAAUGAAAAACGGAAAGGUUGUUUUAUUGUUAUUACAUAUUGUUAUGCGAUUGUCAGUGUUUGCAUGAAAGCUGUAGGGGUACCUCUGAGUGGAACAUUAUUAAGCACAUUUUACAGUAUCUGAAAAGAAAAUGUUUACAGACAGUAUUUGAAAGUGUCAGUCGCAUCUAGGAAGUUCAUGUUUUUGCUGUUCACAUAUGAACAUGUCAGCACAACUAAUUGUUGCGUGUACAUUUUAUUUUAAAUUGUAGACAUCCAAAGGUUUCCCUUUUCCAACAUUAUAACACAACGACGGGGGAAAGCUGUAUUGUCAAUGAUUGCAAGCUACUGUAUGUUAUGCCAAUGAAAAGUAAAGGGAGAAGGUGGAUAUUUAAAA